AUGAAGUACUUACUGCUAGCUUGUCUGUUCUAUGGUGUCUUGGCCAAACAUGAACUCUAUGAUGGGCAUGCUCUUUACGAGGUCGAUGUUUAUUCAGUGGAACAAACAAAACUGGUUAAUGAAUUUGAAAAUGAGUUGCUCCUGGAUAUCUGGUCUUAUGCUGCCCCUGGUCAUCCAGGAAAGGUCCUCGUCCCAAAAGCGAAGAGAGAAAUUUUCGAAAACUUCUUGAAACAAAAUAGAGUGCAAUAUAAAGUCGAAACAGAGAAUAUUAAAGAGCAAUUGGACAAAGAAGAUGAACUUCUAGCAUCUGCAGCAGCAAGGAGCAAUAACUCACGUAUCGGUUUUGAAAGAAUCCACACAUUUGAAGAGGUUGAUGCCUAUUUAGACCAGCUCGCGAGACAGUACCCGAAUGUUGUCUCCGUGGCCCUUGGAGGCAGAAGUGUCGAAGGCCGACCCAUCAGGUAUCUCAAGAUUUCAACCACCAACUUCCAGGACGCCAGAAAGCCAGUUGUGAUGUUGCAGUCUUUGCUUCACUCCCGAGAAUGGGUCACCUUGCCGGCAACUCUAUAUGCCAUCCAGAAGUUGGUUGUCGACGUCACAGAAUCUGACCUCGUCCAGAACAUUGACUGGAUCAUUCUGCCUGUUGCCAAUCCUGAUGGAUAUGUCUUCACUCUUACCGAUCGCUUCUGGCGGAAGAACCGUGCAACUCGCUACAUGAUUGCCAACCGCUGCCCUGGUGUAGACCUCAACAGGAACUUCGGUCAUCGUUGGGGUACAGCAUCUAGUUCCAAUCCUUGUCAAGACACCUUCCAUGGAGGAGCAGCCUUCUCUGAGCCAGAGUCUGCCGUUAUUCGAGAUAUCAUUGCUCAACACAGGGAUCGCUUGGCGCUGUAUCUCGACAUCCACAGCUUUGGUAGUAUGAUUCUUUACGGCUAUGGCGACGGUGUUCUACCACCGCAUGCAUUGCAACUGAAUUUACUUGGUGUUCAAAUGGCUCAAGCCAUCGACAGAGUGAAAUGGCCAUCAAAUAGAAAUUACAUUGUUGGAAAUAUUUUACAUGUUCUCAAUUACGCUGCUUCUGGCGGUGCUAGUGACUAUGCCAUGAGUGCUGCUGCUCCAUAUUCUUAUACUUAUGAGCUACCAGCUUAUAGGAACAGUCCAUGGAUGGAUGGUUUCUUAGUAGAUCCAGCUUUUAUUGAACAGGCUGGUUUUGAGACAUGGGAAGGCAUCAAGGUUGGUGCCAGAGCUGCAGCUGCUGGUUUCAGGAAUGGCAAAGCUGUGUAG